AUGCCUGCCCGCCCGGGCAAAUCAAGCCAGGAGGGCUACUCGUCGUCGCCGUCGACGGAGGCGCACCUUAAUGAUCCUUUCAACUCCCAGCCACGAUAUUACGAUAAUGAAUCCGACAACGUCGAUUAUGGGCGAAGAGAUACUUAUGCAUCUGACACCAGCCAUCCUGGGUACAACGAUCCAGGCUACUACGACCAGAACAACUACGACGCCUAUCCUCCCCCAGACACCGACUCGGAUGGCGAUGUGUACGGUCAACGAUAUGCACCUUCAGCAGAGUCUCUAGCGCCACCGCCACGCCCUGCCGGCGUGCGAGAAGACUACCCUGCAUGGACAGUAGAGCGGCAAAUACCACUUUCCAAGGAAGAAAUAGAGGAUGUCUUUCUCGACCUGACGCAGAAGUUUGGUUUUCAGAGGGAUUCCAUGCGGAAUAUGUUUGACUUCCUCAUGCAACUCCUGGACAGUCGGGCGUCCCGGAUGUCCCCAAAUCAAGCGCUACUUACAGUUCACGCCGACUACAUUGGCGGGCAAAAUGCAAAUUAUCGCAAAUGGUACUUCGCGGCUCAACUUGACCUCGACGAUGCAGUCGGGCAGACCCAGAACCCCGGCCUGAAUCGCUUGCGUUCCAAACGGGGCAAAGGCGAUACUUCUAGUACUGAUAAGAAGGCACCCGCGCACGAAAAGUCUCUGAAUUCGGCGUUGGAACGAUGGAGACUCGCAAUGGCCAGCAUGAGUCAGUACGACAGGCUUCGUCAGGUUGCACUUUAUCUACUUUGCUGGGGUGAGGCCGCUCAGGUCCGCUUCGUUCCGGAGUGCCUAUGUUUCAUCUUCAAAUGUGCGGACGACUAUUACCGGUCUCCCGAGUGUCAGAAUCGCAUGGAGCCCGUACCCGAAGGCCUAUACUUGAAGACAGUCACGAAGCCACUGUAUCGUUUCAUUCGGGACCAGGGGUACAAAGUUGUCGAUGGCAAGUUUGUGAGGACGGAGAAGGAUCACCAGGACAUCAUUGGUUACGAUGACGUGAAUCAGUUGUUUUGGUAUCCAGAAGGUAUCGCAAAAAUCGUGCUGACAGAUAAGACUCGUCUUAUCGACUUGCCUCCGCCUCAGCGAUUUAUGAAAUUCGACCGGAUCGACUGGAAUCGCGUGUUCUUCAAGACGUACUACGAGAAACGGUCUUUUGGACAUCUACUUGUCAAUUUCAACAGAAUCUGGGUCAUCCAUAUCAGUGUCUACUAUUUCUACACCGCAUUCAACUCUCCCACUAUCUAUGCCGUCAAUGGUCGUUCUUCACCCGCUAUGACAUGGAGUGCCACUGCUCUUGGUGGAGCCGUCGCAACUAUCAUCAUGAUUCUCGCCACCCUCACUGAAUUCUCAUAUAUCCCGACUACUUGGAACAACACGUCGCAUCUGGCCCGACGUCUAGUAUUUCUAUUCGUUACCCUCGGCCUUACAGCUGGCCCUACGUUUUACGUUGCUAUUGCUGAAAGCAAUGGCACAGGGGGUUCUCUUGCGCUUAUCUUGGGUAUCGUGCAGUUCUUCAUUUCGGUAGCUGCGACGCUUCUCUUCUCCGUCAUGCCUUCCGGGCGGAUGUUCGGGGACCGUGUAGCUGGUAAAUCACGCAAGUAUCUUGCCAGUCAAACUUUCACGGCAUCCUAUCCGUCGCUCCCCCGGACCAGUCGAUUGGCCUCCUUCGUCCUAUGGAUUCUUGUCUUCGCCUGCAAAUUCGUCGAGUCGUACUUCUUCUUGACUUCGUCGUUCGGUGAUCCAAUCCGUGUCAUGGUGGGUAUGAAGAUUCAAGGCUGCAGCGACAGAUUCUUUGGCGACGCGCUUUGCAGGAAUCAUGCUGCAUUCACGCUGACGAUCAUGUACCUUAUGGAUUUGGCGCUUUUCUUCCUCGACACUUUCCUUUGGUAUAUCAUCUGGAACACGGUUAUCAGCAUUGGGCGGUCCUUCGCAAUUGGUCUGUCGAUAUGGACGCCUUGGAAGGAUAUCUUCACUCGUUUACCUAAACGAAUCUAUUCGAAACUCCUGGCGAACGCUGACAUGGAAGUGAAGUAUAAACCGAAGGUGCUGGUAUCGCAGAUUUGGAAUGCUGUCAUCAUCUCUAUGUAUCGCGAGCAUCUCCUCUCCAUCGACCAUGUCCAGAAGCUUCUGUACCAUCAAGUUGACGUGGGCGAAGGCGGUCGACGUAGUCUUCGUGCUCCGCCCUUCUUCAUGUCGCAGAGUGACAAAGGGUUUAAGGGGGAGUUCUUCCCACCUGGGAGUGAAGCAGAGAGACGUAUAUCCUUCUUUGCUCAGUCUUUGACUCUUGACAUCCCCGAGCCACUUCCUGUCGAUGCCAUGCCAACGUUCACCGUUCUGACUCCCCAUUACAGCGAGAAGAUCCUGUUGUCGCUACGCGAGAUUAUCCGUGAAGAAGAUCAAAACACUCGUGUUACUCUCCUCGAAUAUCUCAAGCAGCUUCAUCCGAUUGAAUGGGAGAACUUUGUCAAGGACACCAAAAUUCUUGCGCAGGAAUCUGCUAUGUUUACCGGCCCUAAUCCGUUCGCUGGUGACGAGAAAGGCCAAUCGAGGGUCGACGAUCUGCCAUUCUACUGCAUCGGCUUUAAGAGUGCCGCACCAGAAUUCACGCUGCGCACGCGUAUCUGGGCUUCGUUGCGCGCUCAGACGCUUUACCGCACUGUCUCGGGAAUGAUGAACUACUCUAAGGCCAUCAAGUUGUUGUACCGCGUGGAGAACCCGGAAGUUGUACAGCUAUUCGGGGGCAAUACGGACAAGUUAGAACGGGAAUUGGAGCGCAUGGCACGAAGGAAGUUCAAAUUCGUCGUCUCCAUGCAACGGUACUCGAAGUUCAACAAGGAGGAGCAGGAAAACGCAGAGUUUUUGUUGCGUGCGUACCCGGACUUGCAGAUCGCUUAUCUAGAGGAGGCGCCCGGAAAAGACGGUGAAGACUCGAAGAUUUACUCGUCGCUUAUUGAUGGGCACAGCGAGUUCAUCCCAGAGACGGGGCGCAGGCGACCCAAGUUCCGCAUCGAAUUACCCGGGAACCCAAUUCUUGGUGAUGGGAAGUCCGAUAACCAGAACCAUGCGAUCAUCUUCUACCGUGGCGAAUACCUGCAACUCAUCGACGCCAAUCAAGACAAUUACCUAGAGGAGUGUUUGAAGAUCCGUAAUGUUCUUGCCGAAUUCGAGGAAUACUCCGUUUCGACACAAAGUCCGUAUGCGCAAUGGGGUGCACAGGACUUUUUCAAGAAAGCCCCCGUCGCCAUUGUCGGUGCACGCGAGUACAUCUUCUCGGAAAACAUUGGAAUUCUAGGUGACUUGGCUGCUGGAAAGGAACAGACGUUCGGUACCCUCUCGGCUCGGUCUAUGGCGUGGAUUGGCGGUAAACUCCAUUAUGGUCACCCCGAUUUCCUCAAUGGGUUAUACAUGAACACCCGUGGCGGUGUAUCGAAGGCACAGAAGGGCUUGCAUCUCAAUGAGGAUAUUUUUGCUGGUAUGAACGCCUUCGGACGCGGUGGACGAAUCAAGCAUACAGAGUACUAUCAGUGCGGCAAGGGUCGUGACCUUGGGUUUGGCACUAUCCUGAACUUCCAGACGAAACUUGGAACGGGUAUGGGCGAGCAAAUGCUUAGUCGAGAGUACUAUUACAUGGGUACCCAGUUGCCCAUUGAUCGCUUCUUGACGUUCUAUUACGGGCAUCCUGGCUUCCAGAUCAACAACAUGCUCGUUAUAUUGUCGAUUCACCUUUUCGUCGUCACCCAACUCGUGGAACGAGGAACAUGGAAAGCCAUCCUUCGUCUUGGCAGGCAGUUUGGCUCGCUCUCUCCAGUCUUCGAAGUGUUCUCUACCCAGAUAUACACUCACUCGAUCCUCAGCAACUUGACGUUUGGUGGGGCUAGGUACAUCGCUACCGGACGUGGCUUUGCUACAACCAGGAUCAACUUCAACAUCCUCUUCUCUCGCUUUGCCGGACCGAGCAUUUAUCUUGGAAUGCGUACACUUAUCAUGCUGCUAUAUGUCACCCUCGCAGCUUGGACCCCGUACUUGCUCUACUUCUGGAUUUCCAUCCUGUCUCUCUGCGUUGCGCCCUUCAUCUUCAACCCCCAUCAGUUCGUAUUCACCGACUUCAUCAUUGAUUAUAGGGAGUUCUUGAGAUGGAUGUCUAGGGGUAACUCCAGGUCGCAUGUCAACUCCUGGAUUGGUUACUGCCGUCUUUCGCGAACCAUGAUCACUGGUUACAAGAAAAAACGGCUGGGUCAUCCCUCUGAGAAGCUGUCCGCCGAUACCCCUCGGGCUGGAUGGCGCGCGGUAAUCUGGACGGAAAUCGUCUUCCCAACGGUCAUGGCCAUUCUCUUUGUCAUUGCCUACAUGUUUGUCAAGUCUUUCCCCGACCCCAACGGCAAUCAACCACCAAGCCCCCUCAUUCGCAUCGCCGUCAUAUCCAUAGGCCCAAUUGUUUGGAACGCCGCAAUGUUGUUGGUGCUCUUUUUGAUAUCUUUAUUCCUCGGUCCAAUCCUCGAUCCUAUGUACCCCCGAUUUGGUUCAGUUAUGGCUUUUAUUGCCCAUGUCCUAGGAGCAGUUGGCAUGAUCGGGUUCUUUGAAUUUUUCUGGUUCCUUGAGCGAUGGGAUGCGUCCCACGCCGUUUUGGGCCUCAUUGCCGUCAUUGCCAUUCAACGCGCUGUUCACAAGAUCUUAAUCUCUGUCUUCCUCUCUCGAGAGUUCAAGCACGACGAGACCAACAGAGCGUGGUGGAGUGGUAGAUGGUAUGGUCGGGGCCUUGGAUCGCACGUUAUGUCACAACCCGCUCGAGAGUUCAUUGUCAAGAUCAUUGAACUUUCGUUAUGGAGUUCGGACCUUCUGCUUGGACAUCUCCUGAUGUUCAUGUUAACCCCCCCGAUCCUGAUCCCCUACUUCGAUAGGCUUCAUGCGACUUUGCUUUUCUGGCUUCGUCCGUCAAAGCAAAUACGUGCCCCGUUGUUCUCUAUCAAACAAAAGAGGCAGCGCCGCUGGAUUGUUGUGAGAUAUGGGACUGUUUACGUACUUGCCAUCACCAUAUUCGUCCUUUUGAUCGUUCUUCCUGCCGUAUUCCGCAAUACUUUGCGUUUCGAUUGCACUCUAUGUGACAAUCUAUGA